UGGCAGGUAAAACUUCAGGUGUGUGAUGUGUCGACUGUACUUAGAGGCCAGCAAGAUACUGCAUGAUAACUCUCGGGAUCCCGGAGGUGCUGCACUUGCAGAACGAUUGCUACAGGAUAAAACCUGUAUCUUCAAAAAGCGAAAGCAACUGAGUGCAUUGGUCACAAUAACCAACAGCAAUGCAACCAAACUAGCCAGACAACUGGGUCAUACUCAUAGUCUGGAAAAGAGUGACAUGAAACAGCAGACGGAGAAAUUCUGGUUACAUGCUGUCAUUUUGCAAGAUUUUUCAAACAGACACACCAAAAAGAGACUGCAGAAACAUUGUGAUUUGUACGAAACGGAAGAAAAGUUACAAGAGUUUGCAUUCCAGAACAGAAGAGGAACUGCUACAGAACAGACUCAGAGUCAGAUUGGAAAUGACAAGAGAAUUGAUGAAAUGGUUGAUUACAUGCGUUUUGUUGAGUACAAUGUAGAAAACACAGCUGAUAAUGUUGCCAUGGAUGCCAAUGACGUCACUGAAUGGACAGGUUCGGAGUUUGAUGAAAUAAAAUAUGUUGAAGAUCAGUUGUGCCUCACGCGCAAGUAUCUGUUCAAUCAAUGCAGCCACAAGCAGUUAGUCUCUGCCAUGAAGUCUUUGAAGGCCAAUGAGUUUCUAAUUGACCCAAUACUGCCCAAGAUGUUCAUUUUCCCUGGCGAGGUUAGAAUUAAGAAAAGUAGCAUGUACAAAAGAGGACUGUUCUACUCGCAAGACAGAGCAAGUGCCAUGGCAGCCCAUGUGUUGAAUGUUCCCAGUGGUGCUACUGUGUUAGACGCAUGUGCUGCGCCAGGGAGUAAAACUUCUUGUAUUCUGGACUGCUACCUAGCUGGAACCGGGAAGGUGUAUGCAGUAGAGAAGGAUGCCUUUCGAUUUGAGACUAUGAAAACAUUGUUGUCUCGCUUUCCCAAUGUUAACUAUGUGAAUGACGAUUUUACGAAUCUGAGGCCAGACCACUACAAAGACGUCACUCACAUCCUAGUGGAUCCGUCCUGCACUGGCACGGGCAUGAUAGGCUUCAAGUCACACAAAAAUGACGAAGAACGAGUACAAAUGCCCAGACUCAGGGCUCUGCAGAAGUUUCAAGCGGAAUUAUUGCUUCACGCGCUCACUUUUCCUCGUGCACGAGUGGUAGUGUACAGUACCUGUAGUGUGAAAGUAGAGGAAAACGAAGAAGUCAUUCGCUACGUGCUCAACCAGGUCAGCUCGGGUUGGACCCUGGAGACUAUUCCGGAGAACUUCAGCUCUUCUAGGGGCAACGAGAUGUUCCCAGAAAUUGCCCCGCACUGUCUUCGUUACUGGCCGGCCAAAGACUUUACUGACGGCUUUUUUGUUUGUAAAUUUGUACGUUUAGAUGAUGUUAGCCAAUAAUGACUAU